AGAACUUGUUUUCAAUCACACUGAGUUGUUCUAACCUUACCAGUUACCAAAAAACCAACCCAGAUUGAGAUUGGAGUCCCUUCUAGUCUACCGGGGGCAAUAUGAACGAGGAAGCAAGAGGAAUGGCCAUUCUCAUGGCUACUCCGUCGGAACUCGCACCGGCGGAGGAAAUAAUUGCCGACAACGUCGAUCUCCUCACGAAGAUCCUUGCACGUUUGCCGCAGAAAUCCGUAGCCCGAUUCAAGAGCGUGUCCAAGCAUUGGCUCUCUCUCCUCUCCUCCAUCGCAGGUUGUGGAGGUGAUGAUCUGUACAAAGAGCUAUGGAAGGCCUGUGCUGGUCCAUUGGUGGACGUUCCAAGGGUUGGGGAAAGAGUGUUCUAUUUUCCCCAAGGGCAUAUGGAACAAUUGGAGGCAUCAACAAAUGUGGAACCGAAACAGAGAGCUCCACUCUUCGAUCUUCCCUCAAAUAUCCUUUGCAGAGUUAUGGAUAUUCAACUUCGGGCUGAACGUGACACUGAUGAGGUUUAUGCUCAUAUUACUUUAGUGCCAGAGCAAGAUCAAAGUGAGCCAACGAGUCCUGAUUCGUACCCUCCGGAACCUCUGACUCCAUUUCUUAAAUUCUGCAAGGUUUUAACUGCCUCUGAUACUAAUGGUGGAUUUUCUGUUCAUCGAAGGCACGCCAAUGAAUGCCUCCCUGCGCUGGAUAUGAAUCAGCCAACACCUAUGCAGGAACUGAUAGCCAAGGAUCUUCAUGGCAAGGAAUGGCCAUUUAAGCAUAUUUUUCGGGGACAUCCCAAGAGGCAUAUGUUUGACACAGGAUGGAGUAGAUUUGUUAAUUUAAAAAGAUUAGUUGCUGGGGAUAGUGUCGUGUUCCUGAGGGGAGCGGAUGGAGAACUACGAGUCGGUGUUCGCCGUGCUGCUCGUCAACAGUGCCCUAUGCCAUCUUCAGUGAUUUCAAUCCAGAGCAUGCACCUAGGAGUUCAAGGAGCUGCAUAUAAUGCUCUGGCUCACAGGACCCUCUUUGUUGUCUUCAACAAGCCGAGGACGAGUCAAUUCAUCGUAGGCUUGAACAAGUACCUAGAAGCUGUCAACAACCGUUUCAGAGUUGGCAGGAGAUUCAAGAUGAGAUUUGAGGGGGAGGAUUCUUCUUCGAUAAGUUAUACAGGCACAAUAGUGGGGGUUGAGGAUCUUUCUGCCCAUUGGGAAAAUUCGAAAUGGCGGUCUCUGAGGGUUCGAUGGGAUGAAGCUGCAUCAAUUCCAAGGCCCGAAAGGGUUUCUCCUUGGGAGAUUGAACCUAGGACACUGUUAUUUGGUGUUGAUUUGAGAAAUCCCCCGAAUGCCCGAUAGGGUUUCUCUUUGGGAGAUUGAACCUUUGUGCCGACGAUUAGAAGGCCGAGGAUGAGGAGUUGGCAGCACGGUUGCUUGAAGGUUCUUUGAAGGCGGACAACGGAUGAAAACAAUAGCCAAUCUGCUCAUUAUGCAAAGACUGUUUUUAGGAUUAGAAUCUGUGUACAUAUUAAGCAUAUUCCUGGUUAUCAAAGUUGUUGAGACCGUAGGACUUCGUCUCGCUGCUGUACUUCGCGGACACGGCCUUUUGCCAACUAUGUACCUAGGUGGUGCUCUGGUAACGACCUGCUCUCUCAGGCAGUAGCUAUGGCUCAACUGGGCAUUCCACAACAGUCCGGGCGACCCCAUGGUCACGUCCGGGGGGCUGUUACGCUGGUUGCCCCCUCUCACCCUUUUACAGUUCAAAAAAGAGUCGCUGAGACCUUUUUUCCUUUUUUUUUUUUUCUUUUGCUGUACUGUACGUAGUAAGGACUUGUUUCCGUUGUUUGUUUUUAGAGUUUUAUGACUUGAAUUUCUCUA